CAACCAUCCAGAGACCUGACCCCGAUGAAAGGAAUCGCUGAAUCUACUUUUCAGCCCAUCUCACUCCCCGAGAUGAGCUCCCAACGUCCGCUACUUCCGGUCGAGAACCCCACACGGCCGUUUUGGCGCACCGAACUGCACGAACUAGAUGAGCUGCGAACGACCCCUGAGCUGCCCCAACAGAGCGACAUCGUGAUUAUCGGUGCUGGGUAUGCGGGUGUUACUCUGGCAUACUACCUUUCGAAGCUCCUCGGCGAGCGUAACCAGUCGUAUCCUGCCAUUACCAUCCUCGAGGCGCGGCAGGUGUGCGCCGGCGCAACGGGUCGGAAUGGCGGUCAUCUCCGACCGGAUUUGUACGGACACAUUCCGACGUAUCUGGAGCGACACGGCGCGGAGGCCGCGGCCGAAGUAGCCAAUUUCGAAGUCGACCAUAUCAAGGUGCUAAAGGAACUUCUGGCCGAAGAGGGUAUUGACUGCGAUCUGAACAUCACUCGGAAUAUGAAUGUCUAUCGGAACGAUGCCGCGGGGAAGAAGGCGAAAAGCACCGUUGAUCUACUUGCAUCCCAUGGGCUCGGAUUUGUUGACGAUAUCCAUUACACGUCGGAGAAGAACGCCGAAGGGGUGUCUGGCGUCAAGGGAGCCAAGGCCUGUCUGUCCUACACAGCGGGCAUGCUGUGGCCGUACAAGUUUAUUCUGGGGCUGCUUUCCAAGAUCGCCGAUUCUCCAGCUAUCAACGUGCAAACGCACACACCAGUAACCUCUGUCGAGUCGGAUGAAGCCGGGCACGUUGUCAACACACCCCGUGGAUCGAUCCGCGCCACCAAAGUGGUCUAUACAUCUAACGCGUACACAGCCGGCCUGCUGCCUGAAUACUCGGCAAGCAUUAUCCCGUGUCGGGGGAUCUGUUGCCAUAUCGCCGUCCCCGAGGGCAAGGAGGCACCAUUCCUACCCUACUCAUAUAUUCUCAACACCGCAGAUGGUGGGUUCGAUAGCUACUUAAUCAGCCGGCCAGAUGGAAGUAUCGUCGUAGGAGGGGCUGGGUACACGUUCCAGCACGACAAGAAGGAGUGGUAUAACAUGGUCGACGAUAGUACGCUCAUCAAGCCAACCAAGGACUACUACAACGAUUACAUGCAGCGGACAUUCAAGGGAUGGGAGGAGAGCGGGGCCUAUGUGAAGGAGAUUUGGACGGGGAUCAUGGGCUACUCCGCCGACAGCAGCCCGCAUGUAGGCGAGGUUCCUGGUCGAACGGGACAGUAUAUUUGCGCUGGGUUUAAUGGACAUGGCAUGCCGGUGGUAUUGCUGUCCGCCAAGAGACUGGCUGAGAUGAUUCAGUCGGGGAAGAGCUACGAGGAAGUUCAUCUUCCGCGGGUUUUUAAGACGACCGCGGAGAGGCUUCAGAAGGCACAGGACGGACCGGAGGGAGGAGACAUCCUGAACCCUCGGAGUUGAGGCGGUUGUGUACUUGGAAGCCUGAGCGUAAAUAUGCCGAAAGUAACUAGAAUAAGAGGAAUCACAACAAGCAAACGCCGGCCUGCAGAAUCAGGCACGCCGACAUCGGCUCGGAAUAUCUAAGACUCCGGGCGUCAUCGGCGCAUUAUGAUUGGCUUCUCAUGACGACACCGCGGCGGGUGGGUCACCGCCUCCAGCUUCUCCGGAAAGCCGCCGUCAUCGACCCGCCUUGGCCUCUUUUCCCGUUUCCCUCUUUCUUUCAAUCUCUGAGUCAUGGGAGUGCAAUAAAUUGUCCUCUUUUCCUCACCUUUUUUCCUCCCUCGAUUUGUAU